AUGAGGAGGAGAUGUGACACACACUGUAGCUAUCCCAUGGGCUACAUGCGUCAGGCAGUAUACGCCUGCAUGACCUGCACACCGGAUGCACUAGAGAAGCCCGAAACGCGCGCCGGUGUGUGUCUGGCUUGCACAUACAAUUGCCACCAGGAUCACGAACUCGUGGAGCUCUACACCAAGCGCUCGUUCCGCUGCGACUGUGGCAACAAAAAGUUCCAUAAAAGUAAUCCAUGCAAGCUGGAAGCAGACAAGGCGGCGACGAACCCUCGCAACACGUACUCACAGAACUAUGGAGGGUUGUACUGCAACUGCCACCGUCCAUAUCCAGACCCCGAACGAACGACACCUGAGGUUAUGGUACAGUGUGUCAUUUGUGAAGACUGGCUGCACGAGGAGCACAUUUCCAAGGAUAAAUCACCUGACGACGCUGUUGCUUCUACCGAUACUGGACACACAGUGUCUCCGGAAAGCUUUGAUGAGCUCAUCUGUCUCGAGUGUAUGCAUAAACACCCGUUCCUCAUGGCCUACACUCAGACUGAAGCGAUUGAAUGUGUGCUUAAAGUCAAGCAGCAACAGCUGGAAGCGCAAGGAACAACGCUACGGCCAACAUUCUGGUCGAGCGAUUGGCGCAGUGACUUGUGUCAAUGCUCCUCCUGUCUGUCUCUAUUUGACAAGCACGACAUCGCGUUCCUCCUGGACCCCGAAGACUCGUUGCACGUGUACGAAGCCAGUGCGAGGGAGAAGAAAACUGCUUCUGACGAGGAAAUGGCUCAACGUGCCUUUGCCAACACGUUGACGCACGAGCAACAAGUCGAGGUUGCUAUGGGCUACAGUCUCAUGAAGAACAACCUCCAGCAAUACCUGGCAGGCUUUGCAGCUGCAGGCAAGACUGUGCGGAAAGAAGACAUCCAGAACUUCUUCGAGACUUUGAGUCAGGCCAAACGGCAGAAGACGGAGUAG